UAGGUGGCAGCAGUCAAAAACAAACGAUGUUGCGACAGUGAAUUACUUCCGGGUUGUAGGUCUGUUCUGUAAACAAUAACAUGAGGGCAAAACCAAACGUUUCUAUAUCUAUGGAGAAAGUCUAGCGUGAUGUCCCUUCCAGUAACACACUAGUCGUCCUUUUCCGUGUUUAUUCUGGAAACACAUUUACCCUCGUUUCGGUCAUGUUGUUCCUCCGGACUGCGGCUCUCAGCUGCAGAGGUCUGACCGCUCUGCGAUGCCUGCCCGCUGGCUACACUGGCUCCAGAACCACCGCUACAUACAUCCAGGGCCAGAGCCCGGAAGCACGUAUUCGAGAAUACUUCUACUAUAUUGACCACCAAGGACAGCUUUUCCUUGAUGACACUAAAGUGAAGAACUUUGUCACCUGCUUCAAAGACAAAAAGUUCCUGAUCUUCUUCUUCAAUCGGCUGCGUUCAAAUCAGAGCGAUCGCUAUGAGGAGCACUUCCCCUUCUUGUCCCUGUGUGGGAGGGAGAGGAACUUUGUGCGCUGCGAUGAUCGUCCUGUGGUCUUCACCCACCUGCUGCAGAAUCCCGCGGGGUCACCAGGAAUCACGGGAGAUCAGGAGCUGCUGUCAUACUGUGGCGGCGCGGAAAAGCUGUCCGCCCCGUUCCAACCGCAGGCACUGUACAUGCAUCCUGUCAGUGGACGAGUUUACCACCCCUGCUCAGAGCACGGAGGGGGGGUCGGCCUGGUCAGGUCGGCUCUGGCCAUCGAGCUCAGCCCAUUCUUUGUUUAUGCUUCGGAGCACGGCCAAUCAGAACAACCUACGCACUUUCUCUGGGGUGGACAGAAGCACACGCUUACCAAUGAGCUCGCAGGAUGCUUCCCCACUGCGGAGGUUGGCAGAGGGCAGCAGGAUGAACUGGGAUAAUGACCAGCCAAAGGUGUGCCUUUAGUUUUUGACAUGCUGUCCACAUCAGGAUCACACACUGGCAGUGGGAGAAGACUACGUUCUCACAGUUGUAAUCACAAUGUGAUUGUUACUGUUUGAAGCCUGAGCUGAUGUGUCCUCCUAUACUAAUUGUGUGAGAUAAUCACUGAGUGGUUUUUUUUUUUGGCUUGAGACCCGUCAAACAAAGCAGUGUUUACCCUCAUUACAGGUUGCCGUUCAAACACAUUUUUCCUUUAGAUUCCCUGGAUUGAUCUGAAUCAUAUUUAUGGUCCUGAAUAGGUAUAUCUAUUCAGUAUUUCACAAUUAAAAAAGCAAAGAUAAGGGAAAAGAUUAACACACUGUUAUUGGAUGUAGCAGAAAUAUAUAUUGUUUUCUUUCCUUCCUGUUAAUCCUCUCAAAACCUGUUCAUCCUGCCCUGUGGGAGUGGCUAAAGCUACAGCGUUUGAGAGACAGAAGGUGCUCUUCAAUAUUGUGGCACACAUUCAACACAAGUUUGUUCAGUGUCAUAAACAAAACAGCCAGAAUUAUGAGUAGCAAAUGUCUGCAGCUUUUGGCGCUAAUUAAAUACGAAAAUGUGAUAUAGUGAUGUGCUUGCAUAGAAAUAAUAAAACAUUUAAUUAAAUAGUAUUUAAUGUUCUUGAAAUACCUUAAAAGAAAACAUUAAUCUGAACCUGAAAAUAUUUUUUCAAACAUUUUCAGUGGCACAAACAAUAAACUCACAAGAAGCAUUUUAGAUAUAAGUUACUACUGAAUGUACUCAGUCAGAUCUUCCUUUAAUAAAAUGAAAUACUCUGAA